GCAGCAAUUAUUGAAUAAUUCAUGUUUGGGUUUAGUGUUUCCACAUGUGACACCCAAAGGAAUUAAUGACAUAGACUUUAAAGGAGAAGCUAUAACUUUCAAGGCAACAACUGCUGGAAUCCUUGGUACACUCUCACAUUGUGUUGAACUCAUGGUAAACCGUGAAGAAAGCUGGCAAAAAAGACUAGAUAAGGAGAUAGAGAAAAGGAGAAUUGAAGAAUCAUACAAAAAUGCUGUGACAGAACUGAAGAAGUCCCACUUUGGAGGGCCAGACUACGAGGAGGGUCCUAAUAGUCUUAUUAAUGAAGAAGAAUUCUUUGAUGCUGUUGAAGCUGCUCUUGAUAGACAGGAUCAAAUGGAAGAACAGUCCCAAAGUGAAAGAUUAUGCUGGCCAACAUCCUUACCUUCUGGAGAUGCAUAUUCUGCUGUGGGGGCUCAUAGAUUUGUCCAAAAGCCCUAUAGUCACUCUUCCUCCAUGUCUUCCAUUAAUAUAGUCAGUGCCUUGGAUGUUCACAGGUUCAGCACCCAGGUGGAAGAGAUGGUACAAAACCAUAUGACAUACUCCUUGCAAGAUGUAGGAGGAGAUGCAAAUUGUCAGGUAGUGGUAGAAGAAGGAGAAAUAAAGGUGUACCGAAGAGAGGUGGAAGAUCAUGGAAUAGUUUUAGAUCCUUUGAAAGCAACACAUGCUGUUAAAGGGGUAACAGGGCAUGAAGUUUGCCACUACUUCUGGAAUGUCGAUGUUCGUAACUACUGGGAAACAACAAUUGAAAAUUUCCAUGUUGUGGGAAAUUUAGCUGAUGAUGCAAUCAUCAUUUACCAGAUGAAUAAGAGGGUGUGGCCAGCUUCUCAAAGGGAUGUGCUGUAUUUGUCUGCCAUCAGAAGGAUACCAGCAUUCAAUAAAAAUGAUCCUGAAACAUGGAUUGUGUGAAAUUUCUCUGUGGAACGUGACAGUGCUCCUAUGAACACUAGCUGUGUCCGUGUCAAAAUAAAUAUCGAUAUGAUUUGUCAGACCUUAGUAAGCCCACCAGAGGGGAAAAAAGAAAUAAGCAGGGACAAUAUCCUAUGCAAGAUUACAUAUGUAGCUAAUGUGAACCCAGGAGGAUGGGCACCAGCAUUGGUGUUACGGGCAGUGGCAAAACGAGAAUAUCCAAAGUUCUUAAAGCGUUUUACAUCAUAUGUGCACGAGAAAACGUCAGGAAAGCCUAUUUUAUUCUAGUAUUAGCAGUGAUCAGAACAAGACUGGGUGAGCAUUCCAUGUUGAAAUGACCAUGAAUAGAGCACUCCAUGCUGGAAUGAAGGAUCUACAAUCUUUUUAUGGCUGAUGUUCUAGGCUUUGUAUACUGAAGUAGUGUUUUGACACCAUGUCGCUGAAUAUUUAACACUAGCUCUCUCCUGAAUUUUCUUGAAAAAUCAGUAAUUAUAAAUAGAUGCAUUGAUAACAUGUAAAUGGCUAUUUUAUUUGCUUGCUAUAGAAGAGGAAGAAUGUGUACAACUUUGAAUCACCAAUGUUGGUUACUGCUUUAAUUUUAAACAACUUGCAGAAUUUCACUAUCAAUGUUCCUAAGAUAGUUGUGCAGGUAUUUUGUAUGUCUAAAAAGCACAAAAGACAAAUGCGCAUACAGCAUACUGUAUGUGCUUUAUAUGCAGAAAAGUCUGUGUGGUAUUUGGGGGGGGAGGCAGUUCAGUAAAGCCUAGGUGACUUACUAGGCUGUAUCAAAAGAAGAGUGGCCAGCAGGUCAAAGGUGGUGAUCCUGCCCCUCUACUCUGCUCUCGUGAGACCUCACUUGGAGUAUUGUGUACAGUUCUGGUGUCCUCAACAGAAAAAGGACAUGGAACUGUUGGAGCAAGUCCAGAGGAGGCCAUGAGGAUAAUAAGGGGGCUGGAGCACCUCCCAUAUGAAGACAGGCUGAGAAAGUUGGGGCUGUUCAGCCUGGAGAAGAGAAGGAUGUGUGGAGACCUCAUAGCAGCCUUCCAGUAUCUGAAGGGGGCCUAUAAGGAUGCUGGGGAUGGACUCUUCAUUAGGGACUGUAGUGAUAGGACAAGGGGUAAUGGGUUAAAUCUUAAACAGGGGAAGUUAGAUUAGAUAUAAGGAAGAAGUUACUUACUGUGAGGGUGGUGAGG